AUGGAGUGCCUGGUACACCUGGCUUUGCUCUCAUCCAUAUCAGCAGAGGCCUCCAUAGUGGCUUUACUCAUGACUGGAGUUAUUAGCCUUAGGGUGAUAGCCAAGGUCGAUGGAAGCAUAUUCCAGGAGGAAGAGCAGAAAAAAGCUGCUCAUACAAUUUGGCCUAAUAUUGAUUUUGUGAUGAUAUUUCUAAAAAGUCCUGUUUUAGAAAUACAUUUUGAAAAAUUUUCAGGUAAUAUAGGAACUUGGGAAUUUCCUUAUAAAUUAUCUGAGGCAGAGGAAAGGGAUUAUGCUGAGAAGGAGAACACCAUAGCAAAAGCUCUGGAAGAUCUGAAGGCCAACUUUUACUGUGAACUCUGUGACAAGCAGUACUAUAAGCAUCAAGAGUUUGACAAUCACAUUAAUUCCUAUGACCAUGCUCACAAGCAGAGGCUCAAAGAACUGAAACAAAGGGAAUUUGCUCGAAAUGUAGCAUCUAAAUCCAGGAAAGAUGAAAGAAAACAGGAAAAGGCACUCCAACGCCUGCACAAGCUGGCCGAGCUAAGAAAGGAAACUGUGUGUGCUCCUGGAAGUGGCCCCAUGUUCAAGUCAACAACUGUUACUGUGAAAGAAAAUUGUAAUGAAAUUUCCCAAAGAGUUGCUGUGGAUUCAGUUAAUAACCAGGAAGAUUUCAAAUAUACUUUGAUUCAUAGUGAAGAGAAUACUAAAGAUGUUACCACUGUUGCUGAAGAUCCAGAAAGUGCAAAUAAUUAUACAGCAAAAAAUAGCCAACUUGGGGAUCAAGCCCAAGGAAUUCACAGACACAAAAUUGGCUUUUCUUUUGCAUUUCCAAAGAAAGCAGCAGUGAAGCUGGAGUCCUCAGCUGCAGCCUUCUCUGAAUACAAUGAUGAUGCGUCUGUGGAAAAAGGAUUUAGCAGAAAAAGUAGAUUUGUCCCUGGUACUUGUCAUCUUCAACUAUCUUCACCAACAGAUGUGCUUCUGAGUUCUGAGGAGAAAGCUAACUCUUUUCAUCCACCAGAAGGAAUGUGCACUGAGAAAGAAACUGCUCAAACUCAAGAAAUGAAAGAAGUUUCUAGUGAAAAAGAUACAUUUUUAUUACCUUCAUUUUGCCAGUUUCAACUCCCUUUAUCUUCUGAUGCAGAUAAUUGCCAAAAUUCAAUCCCAUUAGCAGAUCAAAUACCACUGGGCGAUGUUAUUAUUAAUGAAGGCAUACCUAUGAGUGAUAACAGUUCCAAAUUGUUAGGAAAUAAAUCCACAGUUCUCGAUAUAGCUAAUGAAUGCAUAUCUUUGCAAGCUAUCACAGAGGAAAAUGUUAAGGACCAUGAUACAUCUAUAGUUGAAGCUGACAAUAAAAAUUAUGGUCCUGAGAUGUUGGCCCCUUCAAAUUCUGAAGAGGAAAAUAUAACCUUCCAUAAAAAAAAAGAUUUAUAUAAAAGACCAUGUGAGCCAUUUGUACCCGUACUUAACAAAGAUGGAACCACAAUUCUUCAGUGGCCAUCAGAAAUGCUGAUUUAUACAUCGACUCAACCAUCAAUUUCCUAUAGCUGUAACCCUCUCUGUUUUGACUUCAAGUCCACUAAAUUAAACAACAAUCUAGAUAAGAAUAAGCUGCCCUUAAAUGGUCUUUCUUCUCAGCAGAAGGGAGAAGACAUUUGCAAGAGACCAGUUUCAGAAUGCAAGGAGAUACCUAUUGUAGGACUCACUGAUUAUGACCCUGGAGGCAGCAGAAAUCAAUGCACCCAGGUCAUUCCUCUUUUGGUUGGUGGUACUCUUUCCAAUACCUGUAAUUCUGGAAAAAAUGGGAAUAUGGGUCAGAGGUAUAAAAAUAUUUCCUGUAGGAUCAGAAACACAAAAAAAUACAAUUUUACUAAAUGUCAAAUGAAACAGGGCACUCUAGAUGAGAAAUAUCACAAAAUAAGAUUGAAAGAUACUCAUGAACACUGGUUCCAUAAAAGUAGAAGGAAGAAAAGAAGAAAAAAGUUAUGUCAGCACCAUCAUGGGGAGAAAACCAAAGAGUCGGAAAUUCACUUCCCAAUGGAAACGGAAAACAGUUACACUGAUAUAACUAGGAAGAAUCUACUGGAAACAAUUUCAGAAAAGCAGUAUUUAGCUGCAGGGCAAUUAUUAGACUCACAACAAUUACCUGAUAAAAGGCCCAAACCAUCAUCCAUAUACUUAAGUGAAAAUGAAGAAAUGUGUAAAGCUCAAAACACUGAAAAUGAUAGCAAUGACGCUAACAGUUCUAAAAACCACUGUACAAAGAGCUCAGUUGUUUUCAGUGAACAAUCCAAUCCAACAGUGAUACAGUCUGGAAAACAUAAUUUAACUUACUCCAGAACUUACUGUAGUUGGAAAGCCAAAAUAUCCGGCUGUAGUCAGGAUCACAGAUGCCUAGUUCUUCAAAACGACAUGAGCUGCCUGAGCCAGAACCAGGCUGUUAAAAGAGGUUAUAAUUCUCUCAUUAAUGAAUCAGAAAGAUUCCAUCGAAAACGUAGACAACAUUCAUAUUCUUAUUCUUCGGAUGAAAGUUUAAAUCGACAGAAUUAUUUACCAGAAGAAUUCUUGAGGCCCCCACGUGCUUCCGCUCCCUGCAAGCCUAAAAGGAAACGGAGGAGAAAAAGAAGCAGAUUCCACAUCGGGUUUGAAGCUUUGGAACUCAAAGAGAACACAGAUCAUCCCAAGAAGGGCAAUUCUUCCUUAUGUCACCAGGAGGAGUUAGUAAGUGAAGACAAAACAGGGGAUGUAAAACCACAAGAAGUUGCGAAUGCUGAGAAGAACUCAGAAGAAGCAGAGGGAGAAGAAAACCAGGCGACUUUGCCCCUGGGCGGUCCCCUUCCUCCUGAAGCCGGUGGUGAGGCUGCGCAAUCAGUGCUGGAGACACCUUCUGGGGACUCGAGGGACAUCUCCCACCCACGCGCCACCUCUGUCUACCACGUAGCCAGUGCCGCAACAAAAGAAGAAGUUGGCAAUACCUUGCUGCAACAGAAAGAAAGAGGUGAGGGUAUAAAUAUUCAUGAAAAGCAAAUUCCUUUCAAGGUGCCUAAUACCGACAGGAACUUCAGACACUCGCAACCGAAAUCGUACCUCUGCCAUUACGAACUGGCAGAGGCCCUUCCACAAGGAAAGGUGAACGAGGCCUCGACCGAGUGGCUGCGUUUCAAUUCGGGAAUCCUUAACACACAGCCACCAUUACCGUUCAAGGAAGCACAUGUCAGCGGUCACACCUUCGUAACGACGGAGCAAAUCCUGGCUCCAUUAGCUCUGCCGGAUCAGGCGCUGCUGAUCCCCAUAGAAAACCACGAUAAAUUCAGAAAUCUGCCUUGUGAGGUCUACCAGCACAUCCUCCCGCCCAACAUGCUGGCCAACAAGGUCAAGUUUACUUUUGCUCCGGCCGCCCUCCCCCCGCCCAGCCCGCCUCUGCAGCCUCUGCAGCCUCUGCCUCUGCAGCAGCCCUUCUGUUCUACCUCUGUAACCACUCUGCACCACGCGGUUCUGCAGCAGCACGCGGCCGCCGCUGCGGCCGCCGCCGCCGCCGCGGCCGCAGGAACCUUCAAAGUGCUUCAGCCCCACCAACAGUUUCUUUCCCACGCCCCAGCUCUCACCAGAACAGCGUUACCUCAGAUCUCAGUGGGACCGGUCGGACCAAGGCUUUGUCCUGGGAACCAGCCAACUUUUGUGGCUCCUCCCCAGAUGCCAAUCAUUCCAGCUUCCGUUCUUCAUCCUAGCCACCUGGCUUUCCCACCUUUACCCCAUGCCCUCUUCCCUUCACUGCUUGCCCCACACCCUACUGUCAUCCCACUGCAACCCCUGUUCUAGUCCUCGCCAUGAAAGGGAGAGAAAAUGUUCACGUGAAACCUAUUGCAAUCUGCGUCAACGCUCAUCUAAGUGGAUAAUUGCCUAUUGAAACGGUGGAAAUAAACUAGCCAAACUAUGGCCUCGUUGAUAGGAAAUCAUUUACUGUAAGUGUAAUGAUGCAAAUAAAUUAUUAAGUUUCUGAUAUAUAAUAUUAUUAAGGCACUGAAUAGUUUGAAAACCAAUACAAUAUACGCUGUACAUUAAAAUGGUGUCUUAAGAGUAUGUAUAAUGUACAUAAGAUAUAUUUAUAGUACUGUAAUUUAUGUUGUAAAGUAUGCUCCUUGGUUUUUUUUAAAUCUUUGUGUAUUUGCACCUAUUUAAUGUUUAGACAAAGCUGAUGGCACU